AUGGCACAGGAGGCGUGUAGUAACCUUGGGGGAGUUCACAGGAAGUUCAAGCCACACCUCCUCAUGGUUUUAGCUCAAGUGGCCUUCACAUUUCUAUAUUUUCUCACGGAAGCUUCUUUCAAUCAUGGGAUGAACCCUCAUGUCUACAUAACUUAUCGACAUAUUGUGUCCGGCCUAGUGAUGUUCCCUUUUGCCUAUGUUCUUGAAAGAAAACAGAGACCAAAGCUCACAAUUGCUCUUUUCUUGGAACUUUUUGUUCUUUCUCUUCUUGGGGUGGGUUUGACUUUAAACAUGUACAUGGUCUAUAUGGUAUAUUAUGCAGGUUUUAGCCCUCACUCAACUAUAUUGCACCUACUGAGGUGUACACAACUAUUACAAAUGUUUAACUAUGUGAGAUUGAAGAUAGAAUUUCUGAUAAUUGUCAUGGGUGAUGCUGCUGUCUUCACAGUGUGCAUAGAACAUAGACGGGCAGCUUGGGCAAUUGGAUUCAACAUUGACCUCUGGUCCAUAUUAUAUUCUGUUGAGCUGUGUGAUCCGGUCUUAAAAUCUUCGUGGUGCACAGAAAAGAAAGGACCAGUUUUUUUGGCCAUUUUUGAUCCCGUUUCAACGGUAUUUGUGGCUCUUCUAGCUUACUUUCUCCUCGGUGAAAGACUUUAUACAGGCAGCAUAGUAGGGGCAUUUAGUGUCAUCCUUGGCCUAUACUUGCUAUUGUGGGGUAGAGAAGGUGAUGAAGUUUACAUCAAGUCAGAAGAGCACAAGGAUAAAAACAUACAGAAAAUCACUUCAGCUAAGACCGAUGUGCUACAUGAUGAACCAUAA